AUGCCAGCUGGAACUGAGGGUGGUAAAAAAAAGCCCUUGAAGGCCCCAAAGAAGGUUGUGAUCCAGACAGAGGAAGAUAUUGAGUUCAAGAAAAAGGAAUCAGAGAAUAGAAAGCUCAUGGAGGCAGCAAGAAACGAACUGUUGGCCAAAAAGGCUGGAAAAAAGAAGUGA